ACGUCACAAGGAUGCAUACACGGCUUUUAUAAAGAAAGGGACCGAAGCUUUAGCUCAGAACCUCUGCUAGAGAAGCUCUAUCCACAGCUGCAUAGAGACGCAUAGCUGGUAUUGGUGGCUCAGUAGUUAACAUGUACAGUGAAAUGUCCCGGAUACUAGCCGUGCUGUUGGCGGUCCUGGUGACCACGGCAGCGACGGCCAACCUUCCGUCUCCCCACCGCCUGGCCCGCCGCUCCGCCCCGUCCGAGGACGAGGUCCGCAUGCAGAGACGAGCUAACCUACUGGCGCUCCUGGAAGACGACGACAACGAAACUCGCGAACCCUCUGAGGCUCAAGGCGCGGGACUCUCAAAGGAGGAAGCUGAGGCAUUGGUGAAGUACCUGCAGGAACCGGUAGGGGGCCUUCGGCGACCGGCUGUUAAUGUGUACAGGCCUGACGUGGAGGAGGUGGAGCGGGAGAAGAAGACCACCCGGCUGCUGUCCUGGGCAGCUGAGAUGCUCCGCAUGAUGUCGACCAAGGGAGGUUUUCAGUUCCGCUUCGGGAAGAGGGAAGCGGCCGAGGGAAAGGAACGCUAAUGUUACAUUUACCAUUGUUUGUUCAAGGUACAGAUUAGGAAUAAUGGAGGGCAUAACUUGCCAGGAUGUAGCUUUAAUCAAGAAAGCUUUUGUCUGCAUUGUACAACAGUACAAUGGUGUCCAGAUGAAAUUCAACCCUAAGAGGGAUAGGUUACAAGGAAGCUGUGACCAAUAAAACACCCGGAAUGAUAGUGAAAA